CCAGAUGACGAGGACAAUGAUGAACAUCAGCCGUUAGCUAGUCCACGGUAUAAUACAAGACGAGCUGCGAUGGCAGUGAAUACAUCAACAACUACUGCAUCUACAUCAGCGCCAACAGUGUUGGCUGAGGAGCUGCGCAAGGUGCUCAUCAGGCUCGGCGACAUGAGAUGUGGCGAUCAUGCUGUCUCACCAGACGAGUUCUUCCAGUCAGUUUGGAAGAUUUCGCCGAGAUUCAGGGUACCACCAACAAGACGCCCACGAAUUCCUAAGAUGUACCAUGGAUCGGUUGCACUCUGA